AUGAGGCAUUUCAAUGCAAAUAAAAAAAGAUCAGGAAGUAUAUAGUGUAUUGAACCAGAUGUCCUUAUUAAUGAUAAUCGAAAAAGUAGAAGAAAAAGCUGUACAUGUACUUAAUGUGGAAAAAAUAGUGAAUUUUAAAUAAGAUUUCAUGAUGUUCAGAUUUCGUAGUUAUCUGAGACAUCUAACAACAAUGAACUCAUUAUUUAGUAAGAAUAAGAAACUAGGAAGUUAGAAAGUCUAUUAAACAGAUUGAAAACCUGCUAAGAAGAUUUUGAGAAAAUUGAUUUAUAAACUAAAAAAAGAAGGAAGAGUUGUUAUUGUUCAGAAUGUGGUAGCUUGACACAAUAUGAAUUGAAAAAUUAAAGUAUACCAUUAUUAAAGAUCAACUACUUAAAUGAUUGUAAAACAUAAAGAAAAGUCCAUAAAUUUGUAUCAAACAUUAAUAUGUAAACUAAGAGUCAAUUUUUUAGAAGUUUUAAAUAAUAAAAUCCCUCAUUAAUGUAUUAAUUUAGUCAUUAAACUUCGAAAACAACAACUAGAUUACUUAAGCAAUCAAAACUAAAAUUAUCUAAUUUGGAAACUAGACUCUCAUUGACUCCAUAAUUAAUAAUUUCUCCAAGGAGUGAUUAAUCCACACCAAAAUAAUCAUAAAGGUUAAAAUCAUUUGAUCAUACUCUGAAUGGAGCCAAUCUUAAUCCCUAUUUAGGUUUCCCCAAAAAAUUUCUUUCCCCUCCUAAAAAUUUAGUUCCAAAACUGCCUCCAAUAGCUUAUAAAGUCAGCAACGAUUUAUUGCACUUGAAAAAAUCUUUAUAUCGAAAACGGAAUUGA